UUGAUUUCUUUUCGUUCAAGAAAAAUAAAAUACUUUGUUUGUUUACAAUUUGCAUUUGCACUUCAAAUUUUAUCGUCUAAACAUUCACCUCUGGAAAUGGAUGAUAUUAAGAAAAAAAUUUUGACAAAUUUGAUGGAUUCCCAUGGAGCCCUAGAGUUAUUCAAUAUGAUUCAUGAAUCUAGCUCGAGUUCAGAAAGCUCUGAAGAUGAAGACGACCAAGAUUCGCAAUUGAUGCAAAGAAUUGAUGAAUACAGUGAAGAAGACUUCAAGUCCCAAUUCAGAUUGAAUCGUUCAACAGUAGAUUUCAUUGUCUCAAAUUUCGCCAAAUCCCGCUACUCAACAAAUUCAACACCUCACGGUGGACGACCCAGAAUGGAAUGCAAAAAAGAAAUCUAUGUUUUCCUCUUUUAUCUGGGAAAUACCGUUACUUUCAAAGAAUUGGGUGACAUCUUUGGAAUACAAAAGUCCUCGGCCUGGUUUGCAGUUGGUCGUGUAAGUGGGUGGCUAGUUUCAAUAGGUGAUAAAUACAUCAAAUGGCCUCAACGCGAAGAAGUCAAAGAAAAUGCUAGAAAAAUUGUGUCUCUGAAGAAAAUGCCAGGUGUUUUGGGCGUUAUAAAUUGCACUCGAGUAAAAACCCAGUGCACAACCAGGGAUUUAUUUUUCCCCAAGAAACGGAAAAAGAAUGUAGACAUAUUUUUUCAAGCUGUCGUAGAUGCUGACAGAAAGUUCAUCGAUAUAGAUUUGAGUUGUGCUGACGGUAAAUCUAAAUUCCAGCACAGUAGUCGAGCUUUAAGACGAUCGACAUUGUACAGAAAUGCUCAGGAUAAUUAUAAAGGCCUCUUCCCGUACAAUACAUUUUUGAUCGGAAAUUCCUGGUGUCCAAAUUUGAAUUGGCUCAUUCCACCUUUCAGCAAUAAAAUGUCAACAACGGAAUGUCAUAUAAAAUUCAACCGAAUUCACUUGUCGACACAAAAGAUAGCUUCAGAUGCUUUAGGUAUGUUACAAAAAAGAUUUAGAAGAAUAACGAAAUUUACAGAGCAAAGAUUGGUUAAGGGAGCAAUAAGCAUUGUCGCCAGUGCAUGCAUACUCCAUAAUAUGUGCAUUAUAAUGAAUGAUAGUUUUGAAAUCGAUGAAGUAGAAUUAGAAUCAUCCAGUGAAAGUCAAUGUGCACCUGAGGAAGAAUAUCCACAGAAUCUAGAUCUAGAAAUCGACCGGAGGCAGCUCCUAUUUGAAUAUAUGAGUCUAAGAAAUAAAAUUUAAGAAAAAAAAAGAAAUUGUUUAUAUUUUAUUUAAAAGUAACCUUAUUGAAUUUAAAAUGAUGUCAUAAUCUAUUUAUCACUAAAGUGGUGUAAAAUUUAUAGAACCUUGAUGCUUAUAGA